UUACUUAUAUUCUCCACGUCUCCACGUACUCAAACCCUCCCACCUUCUCCUUUUUUCCUCUCUUUAAUUACGGUGCUUCUCAUUGGUUAGUCUGUCCUCAAAGUUUCAACCAAUCAGGCGCGUUGUAGCGUCGGCCCUCGACCCCUUCAGGUGGUCCCCUGUGUGCGUUUGUUUGUGUGAGUGUUAAUGAAUACCUGUUGUGUGUGUGUUUUGUGCGUGUCGGAGAUGACGGGCUCUGUUUAAAACCGUGGCCCAUCCCUCCGUCCGGGUCAGUCUCUCAGAAGGGGCCACAGGGGACAGGGUCUUUCUUUUUUUGUUCACCCCCCGCCCCCUUUACCACUUCCACUUAGUGUUAGAGCCCAAGUGGGUCGAGUCAUCUGGGUCAGGCGGCUUGUCUGGGUUCCACUUUUGGACUAACCACAGGUAAGAAACUGAACAAACAAAUCCAGACUGUUUGGUCUGUGCUGGUUUUUUGCACAGACUCAGGUACUUUCCAAGGAUUCAAGUUCAGGUUGAAGUCAAGUUUGGCUCCUGAAAACACCUGGUUCUACUUUAUGAUGACAAACCGGUAGCUUCAACCCACACAGGAGCCUUCCAGCAACACAUUUACUUAAAGCCUCCAAAUCAGAGCUGAACCUACAGAGGUCACUUAAAGCUCUGCAGGAAGGAAACGCUCAGGUCUGGAGAGAAAAGUGAUUUAGAAGCUACUCAACACUAUCUGUGAAACAGUGAAAAUAGCUCAGUAAGUGGAUUAAAAUGUAAUUUCUCUUACAAAAUAAGUGGGUAAUGGAUGUGAGAUGCAAUCAAAUUUUAACUUUUUUGUUAUAGCGGGGACAAAAUCAAACAUGACGGGAAGGGAUAUUACUUUUACGGAGCAUAAUUGAAAGUAAUGGUGUCUGGAUUUUUAGAUUACAUCAGGAGAAAGGUGUAAUCAUGGCAGGAGGAAGGAGGUUCUCCGGUGUGUUCGUUACCGCUCUUCUGGCUGUGAUGCUGCUGCCUGCGUUCUUAUCUGCUGGACCCGUUUUGAAAAAGGCCAAAGGAGAUGCAGGAAAGAGUAUCCAGGAGAGGGCGAUGGCGGCGGCAAAUCACAGGAAGCUGAUCCGCAACCGCAGGAACAUCAGCUGGUACAAGCAGCACUCUGACUUCUGGAGCUGGUAUAAAUUCUUCACUGACAACGGCAACCAGGAGGCAGUUCAGGAGAUGGACCGCAUCUACCUGGCCUACCUCCAGAACAAGAACCGAGCCGAGGGCCGCCGCUCCUACAAGGCCUACCUGCGCCACCUGGGGGAAAUCUACAAAUCCUGCUCUGACUCUGAGGACCCCAACUGCGUGGCGACCUACAUGACCAGGCCCAAACCGGAGCCUCCAAAGCCUGCACCAUUAAAAACCUGUGACCCCACCAAGGACCCCUACUGUCUGUACAUGGCUUUAAUCCAAGGCAAGAGCCCCUACCUGCCCCUGGUGCUCCCAGUCGCCACCCCUGCCCCGGCCGCGGCCCCAGCCAAGGCCCCGGCCCCCCUGUACGUCCGCUCUGCUGCUCCAGCUAAGGACCCAGAGUCAGGCUACUACUACUACGCUCCAUCUGCUGUGCCUUUCCUUUCUAAGGAGCAGAAGGCUGAGCUGCUUCGUAUCUGCUCUUCUGAUGAUGUGGAGUGUCUGCAGUACCAUCUGAGAGCCGCCUACGGGUACGCACCGUCAGCCGGACAGCUGCCUUCCUACGCCCACCUCGGCUGUGACCCCAAGAAAGACCCCGAAUGCAAACCCAAACUGGUGCAGAAAGCCCCCUCGGGUCUCUAUCUUCAGUACCCGUCCUGUGACCCGCUCAGGGAUCCCUUCUGUGCCUAUGCUGCCUCUCUAGUGGCUCCCCGUGCCCCCAACCCUCCUGCCCCAGCUGGUCCUGGAUCAUGCAACCCCCUGUAUGAGGACGGCUGCAACCCUCUUACCGCCACUAAAUUUGCAUCCCCACCAGAGUCAUACAAAGCAGAAGAGAAAGACGAGGCUGCUGCUAUCCGCGCUCCUCCACCUCCUGCUGAGCAGCACCACGACCCAUAUGCCAUGUUUAGGGAUGCUUAUGCUAAUGCUAACAGAAUCACUGAUCCCUACGCCAUGUACCGCCAGCCUAGCGCUGCAGCUCCUCCUUCAGCGUCUGAUCCCUACGCCAUGUACCGCCAACCUAGUGCUGCAACUUCUCCUCCGGCGUCUGAUCCUUACGCCAUGCUGCGCCGAUACAUGGCUCAGGCUCAGAUGACUGACCCCAAUGCCCCACGCAUGGGGGCCGCUCCAGAGCCCAACAGCAAUGAUCCUUUCGCUGCGAUCCGUGAGGCGGCAGCUGCCAUGCAUCGUCACGGCCAUCACCCUCCCAGACAGCACCACCCUUUUGCCAAUCCCAGUUAUGAGGAGCCAGCCCAGGAGGAGCGCCACCCUCUGGGCCCCCCGGGUAAAACUAAGGAGGGCUACGACUGCUUUAUCGGCUAUGACCGUGAAUGCUACCCAUUGAAGCCCAGCGAGCCUCGCUUUCACCAUCGCACUCCUUUCCCUUCUGAGACCUAUGAGCCUCGCCAGAAUACUGACAGAACCCAACCCAGGUACCUAGAACCUGAAAACCCCCACUGCGACCCUGAGUACGACCGCGACUGCCGCAUGCGUCGCAUCGACCCAGAGCCGGCCCACCCCGAGCCCCAGCCCGACCAUCAUGAGGAGCAGAUUCAGGGCGUUGCAGAAAGCGAGCACCAGCCCGAGCCAGAACAGGAUCAGUACGAGGCGGAGCCGUACCAGAGCGGCCAGGAGGAACCUCAUAUGUCCUACCCACAGGGUAUGCCCAGCCUCCAAGACAUACUGAGGCACUACGGAGACCAGUUCCCUGAGCAGGAUGAUCACAGAGCAUAUGCAGAUGACUACCGCAAGAAGUAAACACGCUGAUAGACGCAUGCAUGCAGAUGGACAUGAAUACAAAGUCCCAUGAGUUCUAUUGCCAUUGGCCGCCUCAUGCAGCUCACAUGCAGUCCUAACUGGACCACAUAUGGGACACUAUGGACCCAAUUAGUGAGUGAGAGGAUAUCUAAACGUCCUCUACAUUCACUACACAUAGCUUCCAGAAGCAGAGUGUUUUCUGCCAAUGUUUUCAUCCCUUUAGCUGUUUUAGAUCUGUUGCUUUGGCCUGUUUUCCAGCUUCAAUGUCAAACCACUCCAGUUCCUCCUGAUUUCUCAUUGCUCAGCUUUGCUUCUGCCCCUUUGCAGCUCACAUCUUUAAUUGUUUAUUGCUUUUUGUCAUGUGAUGGAUUAUGUAAAGAUUUUUUUUUUCAUUUUGAAUGUUCAAAUAAAAAGCUCCCGAAAAGUG